CGGAAGACGUGCAGUAUCGUCAAAGCUGUCGGUGUGCGGUGCUAUUACUUGUCAACUCAACUCUAUUGUUUUCAAUUCAUUGCAUUCAGUAAUUUAUAUUUCAUCAUGUCCGCUAGGAAUCCAGGAAUGCAUCUUGAUCUGGAAUGGGUGUCAAAAGUCAGAGUCAACACUCAGGCUGUUCUUAAACGAGCUCAGCAGAUUCAGGGACACAAAGUUGCUAAAAAACAGUGGCAGGCUGCCUGGAUGCUGAAGGCCGUCACAUGCAUUGAUCUGACGACCCUCGCUGGUGACGAUACACCUUCCAAUGUCCAUCGACUCUGUAUGAAGGCCACACAGCCGAUCCGUCAUGAUCUGCUGAAGAGCAUGGACAUGCACGACAAAGGAAUCACGACUGCAGCAGUCUGUGUGUACCCAUCACGGGUGGCUGAUGCUGUGAAGUCUCUUAAAGCAGCUAACUCUAGUCUUCCUGUUGCAUCUGUGGCCACUGGCUUCCCUGCUGGACAGACGCCAUUGAAAACCCGUCUCGCGGAGGUACAGAUGGCCGUGGAGGAUGGUGCUACGGAGAUCGAUAUUGUCAUAAACCGGACUUUGGCACUCACUGGGCAGUGGGCAGCCCUCUAUGAUGAGAUCCGGCAGUUCAGAGAGGCCUGUGCAGAUGCCCAUAUGAAGACCAUCCUGGCAGUGGGAGAGCUGGGAACCUUCACAAACGUCUACAAGGCCAGUUUGGUGUCAAUGAUGGCAGCGUGGCGCCAUUGCUCAUCCAUUCUGCUCUCCGCAUCCAGAUGUCCAAACACACACACACACACACACACACACACACAGAGCAGGCCAGUGACUGUAUGCUUAAAUAGCCAUUGCACAUUAAGCCGAUUACUGUACCCAAUUGUCAGCGGCUCUGAUAGGGAUCGUUAUUAAAAUGCAUUGCUUUUGUCGCUGUGCUCAUUCCUUAAUCUCCCCUUGUUCCUAUGAAUUGCGUAUGAGGUUUCUGAAAUUGAAUGAUAAUUUCACCUAUUAAUCUGCUACGCCGGAGCUAUUUUACUCCCACGCUCUCCGGCAGUGUCCCCCCGCUCCGCCGCAAAUGAAUAGAGCUUCAUUACUGUCGCCUGCGUUUAAUAACCGUUAUCCAUUAUCUUGUAAUUAAGACUCCCCAGAACGAAUCUCAAG